AUGGCUGCGCGCUGCCUUGGCCGCGACGUCUGGCGGUUCUUGGGCAGCCAACGCCGGCGCUCUGGGCCGCUCCGGCCGCUGCUCUGGGCUAGUGAGACCAGUGGGCGGACCUCUGGGAGCCCGGGCAGAGGUACAGCCGCGGCCCCUCCGCGGGACUCAUACUUGGAGCUCAGUGCGCUGGCGGCCCGGGAACCAGCCGCCUUCUGGGGGUCGCUAGCGCUGGACACGCUGGUGUGGGACACUCCCUACCACACCGUGUGGGACUGCGACUUCAACAGUGGCAAGAUUGGCUGGUUUCUGGGAGGCCAGUUAAACGUGUCAGUGAACUGCUUGGACCAACAUGUUCUGAAGUCCCCAGAAAGCAUUGCUUUGAUCUGGGAGCAAGAUGAGCCUGGUACCGAAGUGAGGAUUACCUACAGGGAGCUUCUGGAGACCACGUGCCGCCUGGCCAACACACUGAAGAGACAUGAAGUUUAUCGAGGGGACCGUGUGGCCAUCUACAUGCCUGUAUCUCCUCUGGCUGUGGCAGCGAUGCUGGCCUGUGCCAGAAUUGGUGCUGUCCACACUGUUGUCUUUGCUGGCUUCGGUGCAGAGUCCUUGGCUGGGAGGAUCAAUGAUGCCAAGUGCAAGGUAGUCAUCACUGUCAACCAGGGACUCCGGGGAGGCCGUGUGCUGGAGUUGAAGAAAACUGUGGAUGAGGCUGUAAAGCUCUGCCCCAAUGUGAGGCGUGUUCUGGUGGCUCACAGGACAGACAGGAAGGUUACCAUGGGGGAACUGGAUGUCCACCUGGAGCAGGAAAUGGCCAAAGAGGACCCUGAGUGUGCCCCAGAGAGCAUGGGCAGUGAGGACAUGCUUUUCCUGCUGUACACCUCAGGGAGCACUGGCACACCCAAGGGACUUGUGCACACUCAGGCAGGCUACCUGCUCUACACAGCGCUCACUCACAAGCUUGUGUUUGACUAUCAGCCAGGGAAUAUCUUUGGCUGUGUGGCCGACAUUGGCUGGAUCACAGGACAUAGCUACGUGGUGUAUGGACCACUCUGCAAUGGAGCCACCAGUGUCCUUUUUGAGAGCACCCCCGUUUAUCCUGAUGCCGGUCGUUACUGGGAGACAGUGGAGCGUCUACAGAUCAACCAGUUCUACUGUGCCCCAACAGCUGUGCGGCUGUUGCUAAAGUAUGGUGACACGUGGGUAAAGAAGUAUGAUCGCUCCUCCCUGCGGACACUGGGCUCAGUGGGCGAGCCAAUCAACCAUGAGGCCUGGGACUGGCUGCACAAGGUGGUGGGAGAUGGCAGAUGCACCCUGGUUGACACCUGGUGGCAGACAGAAACAGGCGGCAUCUGCAUUGCACCACGGCCCUCAGAAGAGGGUGCAGAGAUAGUUCCCUGCAUGGCCAUGAGACCCUUCUUUGGCAUUCUCCCAGUGAUUAUGGAUGAGAAGGGGAACGUUAUGGAGGGUGAUGAUGUCUCCGGAGCACUUUGCCUCUCCCAGGCCUGGCCAGGCAUGGCAAGGACCAUCUACAAUAACCACCCCAGAUUCAUAGGUGCCUACUUCAUGGCCUACCCUGGCUACUACUUCACUGGGGAUGGUGCACGCCGUACCAAGGGUGGCUACUACCAAAUCACAGGGCGGCUGGAUGAUGUCAUCAACAUCAGUGGGCACCGAAUGGGGACAGCAGAGAUUGAGGAUGUGAUGGAUGACCACCCCUCAGUACCAGAAAGUGCUGUCAUCGGCUACCCUCAUGAAAUCAAGGGCGAAGCUGCCUUUGCCUUCAUCGUGUUGAAAGAUGAUGUGGAUGACUCAGACGUGGUGGUGAAGGAGCUCAGGUCAGCAGUGGCCACCAAGAUUGCCAAGUAUGCCGUGCCUGAUCAGAUUCUGGUGGUGAAACGUCUUCCCAAAACAAGGUCUGGAAAAGUUAUGAGACGGAUAUUGAGGAAGAUAGUCACUGGUAAAACUCAGGACCUAGGAGAUACCACCACACUGGAGGACCCAAGUGUCAUCACAGAGAUAUUGAACACUUAUCAGAAGUCCAAAAACAAGUAA